AUGGACAAUGAAAAUGGAGGUAAGGAAGCAUUAGGUAGGAAAUGCAUCAAAGGCCUCCUAAGAAGGACUGCAGAAGGAAUGGCAGGUGAGAAGUCAGAGGAAGGUACAGGUAUCAUAGGAAGGACUGCAGAAGGAAUGGCAGGUAACGUUUUUGUUGUAAGCCUUGCCUUUGCUGAUCUUUUGGUAGCCUUUUACCCAUAUCCUCUGGUACUGUUUGCUAUGUUCCACAAUGGAUGGUCGCUUGGAGAAAUGCAUUGUAAAAUCAGCGGCUUUAUGAUGGGAUUGAGUGUAAUCGGCUCUAUAUUUAACAUCACAGGGAUUGCCGUUAAUAGAUACUGCUACAUCUGCCACAGCCUUGCUUAUGAUAAACUGUAUAGCAGGUGCAACACAUCACUUUAUUUAUGCCUCAUCUGGACCUUAACAGUUGUGGCAAUCAUACCAAAUUUUUUUGUUGGUUCACUACAAUAUGAUUCACGAAUUUAUUCAUGCACUUUUGUCCAAACGGUCAGCUCAGCCUAUACUGUUGCAGUGGUAGUGAUUCAUUUUAUUGUUCCCAUCACUGUUGUUACAUUUUGUUACCUUCGUAUAUGGAUAUUGGUGAUUCAGGUGAGGAGAAGGGUUAAAAGUGAAGUGAACCCAAGGAUGAAACCGAGUGACCUGAGAAACUUUCUCACAAUGUUUGUUGUGUUUGUGCUUUUUGCUGUCUGCUGGGCGCCAUUGAACAUUAUUGGACUAGCUGUUGCCAUUAACCCAGAAGAUGUAGCACCAAAGGUGCCCGAGUGGUUAUUUAUCAUAAGUUACUUUAUGGCCUACUUCAACAGCUGCCUUAAUGCAAUAAUAUAUGGACUAUUGAAUCAGAAUUUUAGACAAGAAUAUAAACGGAUAAUUCUGUCAUUGUGGACACCGUGGCUGAUUUUCCAGGAAACAUCAAAAGGAGGAACAGAGGGCAUGAAGACCAAACCAUCUCCUGCAUUAAACAACAAUGACCAAAUGAAAACAGAUACUUUAUAACAUGACUGCUUUUAGUAUAUCAGUAAAAAAAUGCCCAGCAGCUAAUUUCAGUUAUAUUUUAUAAAAGCACUGGUAUAUUUUAAAAUGUACAGAUAUGCCAUUGACUGAUCAACAAAUUUUUCUUUCCUCCUACUUACUAGUGACAAGCUUGUAAUGAGGUUUUUAUGCUUUUAACACCAUCUGCACUUUCUUGACACAUAAGCAACUGAUCAGAUAAUCAUAUAGUAGUAAAUUUAUAUAGUCACAUAAAACAUGACUGGAAGAUGUCUGCAACUUUUCAUGAGGAAUAAACAAUAGUAAUGUUUUCUCUGAGGUUCUUUGCACUGCAGCUUUAUGAAAUUAAGUGGAACCUCUAUAUAUAACUGUGAUGACAGGGUUGUUGUACCAUAUCAUCUCAGUGCAACAACAUACUUUUUCUAAUUGCUGUUUGCUCUAGCUGUUAAGAAUGUCAGCAAAUUGCUUUCAGGUGAACCUGAAAUAAAGCAGUCAGAGCUAAUUUAACAGUUUUAAUGUUAAUUCAGGGUAUUAUGAUUAUUUCUAGGUAAAUUCGGAUAAUACAGAAUGAAAAGAUGGACAGCAAUAAUAAGGAUACUGUACAGGACAGUGUAACCAUUUUACACUGGAAAUUAUUUCAUUUAUUGAGAACAUCUAUCAUGGUAUAUGUCAAGACUA